GGGGGAGAACUAUUAGAAUACGUGGUUAGUUACAUGGUUCUGCAUGGCUGCGAGAGACUUAAAUUAAUUACAUAUGUAGCUCAUGCAGGAUUAAUAUUCCCCAACAUUUGUGAUCAUCACAUUAAGUUUCAAACAAUAAAUAUUCAUUCUCAUAUAGUACGUAGUGAAAGUAAAAAACAGAAAAAGAACUGAAAACUACCAGUGAUCCCCCAAUGGUAGAAGAUGAUCAUGUGGCAGCAAAUCAAUGUUCAGAGGGAAAUGGUCACAAAUUUUACAGUACUGACAGCAAGGGAUGAUAUGCGCAAAAACAAUGGUGGGAAAAAACUGAAAAAAUUCUUUGAGGCUGAGGAUGAGUUUUGCCAACUAGCAAAAUUUGGCAGCCAAUUCCAAAACUGAGCCCACCUUCCUCCAUUGUUCACGUGAUUUUGCUUUUAGGGUUAGUUUUGUUUUCUUCCUUUCUUUUCUCUUCAAUCACUCAUUAUAUCCCAAAAAAUCUUGCAUUAUAUAACCUGCAUGCUUAUCAUUCAACUCAAACUCAACUCAUUCAUUCAUUCUCAUUUUUCUUCCCACCAAAAACCAUGGAUUCCUCCAACAAGAUUACUGCUCUUUUGCUCCUUUCCAUGCUCCUUCUUGCCACUGCCAACCCAACUCUUGACUGUGGCGCUUGCGAAAAACCCCACAAGAAGAAACCCCACAAGCCCAAACCUCCGGUCACCCUUCCUCCGGUCACAUUGCCUCCGGUCACCCUUCCACCGGUUGUCAAGCCACCAAUCAACCUCCCCCCUGUCACCCUUCCACCGGUCGUCAAGCCACCAAUCACAUUGCCUCCGGUCACCCUACCUCCAGUCGUCAAGCCACCAAUCACAUUGCCUCCGGUGACCCUACCACCGGUCGUGAAGCCGCCAGUCACAUUGCCUCCGGUGACCCUUCCGCCAGUCACAGUUCCUCCGGUGACCGGGUCGCCGAAGACACCGUGCCCAUCACCACCGGUGGUUAAGCCGCCGGAAACAUGCCCAAUAGACGCGUUGAAGCUGGGCGCAUGUGUGGAUCUGCUUGGUGGGCUGGUGCACGUUGGGCUUGGUGAUCCAGUUGUAAAUGAAUGCUGCCCAAUUCUUGCUGGACUGGUUGAGCUGGAAGCUGCGGUUUGCUUGUGUACCACAUUGAAGCUCAAGCUUCUCAACCUUCAAAUCUUUGUUCCCAUUGCAUUGCAGCUGCUUGUUACUUGUGGAAAGACUCCACCUCCUGGUUACACUUGCUCUCUCUAGAUCAAUUCAUCAUCAAUCAUCAUCAUUCCAGUGGCUAGCUAGCUAGAAUUGAUGGAUGCAAAGAAAAUGUUAUUGUCGACAUGAGAGGAUGUCGAGUUACUUUCCUUUUUACCUUUUAUUUUUCUUUUUUCAUUUUUAUGUUUUUUUUUCUUCGUACUGUGUUUGUUUGUAAGUGUCGCGUUGUUUUAGGUCUUUUCAUUGAACAAGAGAAUUCAUUGAAUUGGAUGUGUAUUUAAUUCAUGUGUGCUUUGUAAUCUUUCGAUCGUAGGCAAGGAAUGAAUGAAUGAAUUAAGAUUUCAUAUGCUUAAUUUCGUUGUUCUUUAUAAAUGGAGCAUAUUUUUGCGUC